AUGCCCUACAUCAGCGUCCUCUCAUCAGCUGGACUUCUUCGCGCGCGACCUCCGCGAACCUCAACACCGAUGCGAACGACGCGAUGCGACGCAUCACGAGGACUGAAGCGUGAGUCGCAGCUCGUCUCUGCGCGGCGGGGAUUAGAGAGAUCCUGCGUCCGGCGCAUACUCUUGGGGAACACAACACAGCGCAGCAUCAGACGCAGCAGCAGACGCAGCGCCAGACGCGAGAGAGGGUCUCUACGUCGGCCUUCUUCUCGCCGCCAGCGCGACGCGGCCGUCGUUGGGGGACCGAGAGAAGAAAGGAGGAUAUCGAACUGCGAACAAAGUGCAGGCGUCGAAAUGCAGAGGUCGCGACCAAGGAGACCUGACUUUGGCUUCCUCGGCAGACACCGGAGAGGAGCGAUGGAGGGAAACAAAGACAGUGUUCCUACGGAAGAAGGAAGAGCAUCAGAUUCUUCCUCCUCGACCUCGGAGUCCGAGUCGUCUCGUUUCUGUCGAUUCACUGCUGAAGAAGCGAAAGAGUUGAUUUAUCGGCUCUUCAUUCCGAAUCCCUUCCCUGGUUCGCAAGAAUCUUCUAGAGAGAGAGGAAAGACGAAGUCUGGACGUGUGACGGUGACUUCGACCUCGCUCGCAGCAGGAGCGUCUCCAUCCUCUCGACCUGCUUCACAGAAGCCGUUAUCCAACUUGUCUCAGGCAGAUUCAUCUGGUGCGUCGUCUCGUCCGUCUUCCGACACUGCAUGCGCCUCCGUCUCCUCUGCCCUUUCACCCGUUUUGCCUUCUUCUGCCGUCUCCUUUCGGGCACUCUCGGCGUCUCCGAGAACGCCGCGCUCCUCCAGCGCCGCCAACUCUUGCAUGCGCGAACCUGCCGAGUCCGGCGUGGAGUCCGAGCCACAGGGGAGGGCGCAGAAUGCCGACAGAGUCUCGCGAAGUGGAGACGGCACUCUGAAGAGGCCGUCGCCGUUCGCUUGCACCUUCGCUUCGCGUCUAGAACGCCGACGCGCGCCUGAGCUGAGGUGUACGAACGCCUCGUCAGGAGGCGCGGGCCGCCACGACGGGAAGGUCCUCCUUCCUUGUGGAGACAGAGGCCUGCGAGACGCCGAACGAGGACGAACGCCGCCGUCUCGUUUGGACCCAGGCGCGCAGAUGCCGGAAGCAAGGACCGGGCCGCCGAUGCAGGACAACGACGAACGUGAGAGAGAAGAAGCGAGAGAGGAGGAUGUGGAAGAAGAUCUCGAAGAAGAAGACUCAAGGAGGGAACAAGAAGUUGACGUGAGAGAUGAAGAAGACAAGCUGCAAGACGACGACCAAGAACGCGACCAGGUGGAGGAAGAAGAGGACCGUGAAAGAGACCUCGAGAUUCUCUUCGUCAUUGUCGCGUACAGAGACAGAAGGUCACAGCUGCUUCAGUGGAUCCCCUCCAUGUCGACGUAUCUUCGUUCUGUGAUGACGUCUGUCCGACGGCCCAACUACCAGCCCCGUUGUGCCAUUGUCAUCGCGGAACAGGCGGAUGCUCAUCCCUUCAACAAAGGAGCUCUCUUCAAUGCAGCAGUUUCGUGGAUCCUGGACAACGCGAGUCAUCUCCCCGUUUCGCGGUCACGACCUUCUUCUUCUUCCCCUGCUUUCGCUUCCUCUUCUCCUCGCGCGCCUUCUCCUUCCGCUGCUCGGCGCGAAAGAAGAGAGGAGAACACGCCGCGACCAGACUCCAGAAGAUCCUUUCCCCGGGAGGAUAUGGCGAGGCGCCGCUCUUCGCAGAGAGAGACAGAGAAAUGCGAAGGUCGAAACGAAGCUGCGGACGCGCGUCCGCCUGGCGAAGCAGUGGCGGAGGAAGAAGACGAACGGGGCACCGACGCACUCCGCAACAGUCGACAGACAUUCCAGGAAUCCAAGAGAGCAGACCCAGACAAAGAAGAAGGAGGGCAACAACGGGGAAGGGAGGAGACGCAGACCUUUGCCGCGACCGCUCUCAAGAGUGCAAAACAGUUUUUCUUUUGUUUUCAUGAUGUCGACGUCGUUCCUAGAGGCCGCUACGACGACUUUCUCUACCGCGACAACCGCCCAUGCGCGUACUUCCCCUCUCCACCGCCGAAAUGCGUUCGUCAGCUGUACGGACACCGCUGGUGUCUCGGCGGCGUUGUCGUUCUUCGCUGCAUCGACUUCCUUCGCGCUCGGGCCUGGUCUGUGCGGUAUCCCGGCUGGGGCUUCGAAGACGACGACUUCCUCGCCAGGUGUCUGUACGCCGGCCUCUGGAUCGACCAGUCGUCGACGCCGGGUGUACGUCCACCUCGGUUGCCCACGAGGCCUCCCCGCGUUUCACGAGAGAAGGCGCUGCCCUCUGCAGGUGGACAUGCCGAAGGAGGAGAGGCGCAGACGCAAGGAGAGAUGAACGAGAGAGAGCCGGCGAGGGCAUGUUGUGAGGCAGCGUGUGAAGCGAAAGUGGACGGAAGGCGUUGGGGAAGCGCUCCAGGGAGGCGCGAGAAAGAAAUGUUCCUCAGAGACUCGGAGACGCGUUCGCCGUCGGCGGACAUCCGCAAAGCUCGGAAACGCAGGCGCAGUUCCGAGCUCUGGAGCGGUUGUUUUUCAGAGAGACUCAGUACCUGGGGCGCCUUUCGAGAGUUGGACAGAGAGUCGAAGAAGCAGAUGGACGAGGCGCAGAACGCGAAAGCGCGAGACGCGCUGGCGCGAGCGAACAGGCAGUUCUUCUUCCACGCCUGGCGUCUGCUGGAGGAGACAGCGACGGAGGCAGAGAAACUCAAAGAUGCAGUCUCGCGGACGGAGGCGCGCGGAGAAGAACGCGCCCUCGAGGCAGAACACAGUGCGAAGCAAGCCGGAAACCGAGAAACAAAUGCAGAGACUCCGCGCGCAGAGGAAGCAGGAGAGUGGAGAGACGAAACGGAGAGGAGCGACGAAGUCCGAGUUGAAGAUGGUUUGCAUGCAGUUUGGCGCGCGUGGAGAGAAAAGUCGAUAAGCAUCGCCAGCCAACCGGAGAUGAGCGAAGAACUUCUGGAGGCGAUCGAAACGGCAACAGCGACCAGCGCUGCCGGUAGACGCGCGACCGCAGACGCGACUCCCGAAGAAUUCGCGUCGACGCAAGGCAGAGCAGAAAGCCAAGAGGAAAGGGAGGAAGAGCGAGACCACGAAGAACCUGCAAUCGAACACUCGGAUGGACGCAAGACGACACAAACUGGACUGGAAAAGGAAUCGAGGAGAAAGAGCGGAGACUGGCAUCUCCUCGGAAGUGGACAAGACUGUAUCAGCCUCCUUUGGAUCCGCGUCAAGCUCAACGACGUCUUCAAGAAUCCCUUCGCUGCAAGCGUUUCUUCCUCGUAG